AUGUCCGGCUCAUUUUGGAAAUUUGGACAAGAUUUUACAACAGAAUCUGCCAUCUCGAAACUUCUGAACAAGGCAUUUAUCAAGCUAUCAGAUGAAAAGAUUCAUGAAGAAGACGAAGAUGACAGUGAUAAUGAUCUUGAUAAGGGAAUCAAUACAAGUGUAAUUAUUACUCCCGAAAAUGGUCAUGAUAAAUCUACCAUAAAUAAAUUGAAAUUAUCUGAUCAAGUUAAUAUUGAACAUAGUGUUAUACCGCAAGAUGAUGAAUAUGUUACUGCGAAUACAGCUUGUACCGAAAGAACUUGUAAUGGGGUUUCUGAUAAAAAUUGUGCUGAUAAUAAAAAUAGUAAUAAUAUCAGAAGUAAUAUAUUGGAGGAAAACAUAGAUAGUAAUAAAGAUAAUGAUGAUGACAAUGAUGACAAUGAUGAUGAUGAGUUACCAACGAAUGAAGAAGAUUAUUAUACUUAUUAUAGACCCAAUUUGGAUAUUUUAAACGAUUUACUAGAUGAUGAAGAGUUAUAUACUGAAUUGAUGUGCUCAAAUUUUAAAUUAUUAAUAUAUUUAAAAUAUCCACAAGUAUUGGAGAAAUUAAUUGAAUAUGUUACAAAUGAUGAAUUAUUAAAAGAGAAUGACGGUAUUAGUUAUUCAAAUAAUAACGAUACGCAUGAUAAAGUAGAUCAUGAUAUUAUUAUAGAAGAACAAGAACAAUUAGAAUCAGAAAAAAAUGAAGAAACCAACAUUAUUAAAACCAAAACUAGUAACACUACGAAUAAUAAUAGAGAAGAGCCAAGUAAUGAAGAAAAAAACAAAGCAUUGGAAAUGGAUGAACCUACUGAAGUACAAAUAAAAAACAAAGACACAAAAGAAGAAGAAAAAGAUAUUAAUAAUCAUAAAAUCAUAAAGAUAGAUCCAGAUACACUUAAAGAUAAUAAUGAUGACGAUGAUGAAGAUGAAGGAAGUGACUUGAGUGUGGCAUUACCACCAGAAUCCGAAGAACAAGUAGAAAAUAGAAGAGCUCGUAUGGCUGCUGAGAUAUUAUCUGCUGAUGUCUGGCCCUUAUCAUCUGCCAUUGUAGAAAGUGAUAAAUUAAUGGAUAAAAUUUGGUCCGUCUUAGAUUAUCCUGCACCUCUAUCAAUUGUAUCUUCCACUUAUUUCAUGAAAAUUAAUGAGCGCCUGCUGGAUACAGAUUUAAAUAAAAUCUUGCAAUUUAUUUUAAAGCAACAAAAAUUAGUAGAUAGAUUUCUAAUUCAUAUCGAUAACCCGCCUCUAAUGGAUUUCUUAUUAAAAGUCAUAUCAACAGAUAAACCAGAAGCCCCCAUAGGUAUUAUUCAAAUAUUAAAAUCUCAACAAUUAAUUUCAAAACUGUUAAAUCAUUUAAAUCCAGAAUUUUCAAGUUCUACACAAUCUGCUACUGGCGAUUUCUUAAAGGCUUUAGUGACUUUAAGCGCUAAUUCAAACAAUGAAUUGGCAUCAUGUAUAGGCCCAAAUGAACUAACGAGGGAAUUAGUUUCCUCGGAAAUGAUGGAAAAAUUAAUUAAUAUUAUGUUAAAAGGUGGUACUUCAUUAAAUAAUGGUGUUGGUGUCAUAAUAGAGUUGAUUAGAAAAAAUAAUUCUGACUAUGAUUUUGUUCAAGUAGUACAUACAACUUUAGAAACACAUCCACCAUGUGAUAGAGAUCCUAUUUACUUGGGGUAUAUGAUAAAAUUAUUUUCGAAAUACUUACCUAAAUUCAGAGAUAUGCUAGUAGAAACCAAAUUAGAACAACUAGAAACUCCAUUUGGAUUUAUAAGACCUCUUGGAUUUGAGAGAUUCAAAAUAUGUGAAUUAAUUGCAGAAUUACUACAUUGUUCUAAUAUGGCAUUAUUAAACGAGCCUGACGGUGAUAAAAUUGUACAAAUGCGUGACCAUGAAAGAGAGAAGUUACUAAAAAAAUCGCUAGAAGAUGAUAAAGAAAAUAAUAAAGGCGACAAGGAGGGAGAACAUAAGGAACAACACUCAAAUUGUAUAGAUAGGGAGAAACCUCGAAUAGAAGAAAAAAUACAUGAAAAUAAAAUGAAUUUAACUUCUUCAAAUACUAAUAUUGAUAAAAUUAAUACUUCUGAUACAAAUAAUUCCAAAUAUAAUUCUGCUAAAACAAGUCAUGACAACUUAACUGAUGAACUAAAAUCUAACUUCAAUAAUUUAUCAAUUACUGACAGAGAGAAGAUUUCUAAUGAUAUUUCACAAACAAAAGAAAAAGAUAAUGCUUCUGGAGAUGUAAUUAACAGUACAGAUGACGAAGAGGAAACAUUAGUCGGUGAUCGAUUAAAAGAAGUUCUUCAUGAAAAUAGAAUUAUUCCUAUUAUUUUGGAUAUGUUCUUUGAGUUUUCCUGGAAUAAUUUCUUACACAAUGUUGUAUUCGAUAUCGUUCAACAAGUUUUAAAUGGUCCCGUUAAGAUUGGGUACAACAAAUAUUUGUUAACUGACAUCUUCAUUACCUCUAAUAUCACUCAAAUGAUAAUUGAUGGCGAACAAAAAUGUUCUGAUUUUGAAGCUGAAACAGGUUUACGUCUUGGAUAUAUGGGCCACUUAGUUCUAAUAGCUGAAGAAGUCGUUAAAUUUAGUGUUUAUAUCGAAGAGUUGGAAGAGGAAUAUGAUGAUCAAAAAAUCAUAGAUGCUUUAAAGGAACUAACUUGGGUUAAAUAUACUGAAACUGUACUUGCUGAUAUUAGAGAAAAGUACAAUACGGUAUUAGGCGAUUUUAAUGACGGGGAAGUGAAUAGCGAACUUUUCAGUCAUGAAAGUAAUCAAAAUGAUGAUGAUGAUAUUAUGGUAAUGCAUGACCAAUAUAGUGCUGAAGCUUCCUCUGAUCUUUUACCCGGUAUAGAUUAUGAUUUUCAUGGUAAUGAUGAAAGAGAGAAUGAUGAAUAUUUUGCUGAAUAUAAUGAUCCAGAUAAUUUGCGUUAUUAUGAAUACUUGGAUGGCGAUGGAAAUAAAACGAGAAUACACUUAGACCCUCCAAUUGAUUAUGAUACUACAGGAGAAAAUACUGCUUUACAUGAACCAUUUGAUGACCAGAAUGAUAACCGUUUUAGCGAUUAUAUGUCACAUGAAAUUGGAAAUGAUUUUAAUCUUUAUGGCUAUGAUCACAAGAAAAAGGUGGAUGGCGAUUAUAAUAAGAAAAAUGAAGAAAGACUGUACGAUGAGGAUGAUGAGGAUAAUGCUGGCUCUCCUGACCCAAAUAAUUUCGAAUCAUCGGAUUUAUAUUCCAGUAAUAAUUUUUAUGACAAGUAUAAGUCCAAUACAAACAAUACUAUUGAUGAACCUGCAGUAUUUCAUCCAUUGGAUUUAGAUAUCAUAGAUGACGACGAUUAUUUAGAUCCAAAUGAUGAUGGGCAAUCGUAUGCUAAACCAAACAAUCCACUAUAUAGCAACGGACUGCCAAAAUCUUCGGGAUUCUCGAAUAACAUCAUUCAAACACAUGUUCCCAUGGAGUCAUAUAGAGAUGAUAAAGCUAUUAACAGUGAUGAAGACAGUGAUGAAGACAGCGAUGAAGACAGUGAUGGCAGUAGUGACAAUAAGAACUUUUCAAGAAGUGAUUCAAUUGAUGAUUCCAUAAGUGAUGAUGAUAGUGAUGAAAAUGAUCUCAUAACAGCAGACGGUAAAAGUACCGAUAACAAUGACGAUAAUGAAGGGUUUGGCCUUUAUAGAUCAAGAAGCAACGAUAACCUUGCAUGGGACGAAGAUGAGCAGGAUAGAUUAAUGGAAAUGGUCAACUACAAUAGAAAAUUCACAAAUAGAUAA